UUAUUUAUUUUGGUUCUCACUUUUAUUUAGAAAGCAUAAAUACUUUCCUGAUAUGUUCAAAAUUGUGAAUUUUAUUUUUAUUUCUCUACUGAAUGAAGAGUGAGAUCACAUUAAUUUCUACAGGAAGUUAUUUGGGACUGUUUUGAUGGAACAGUUAUCUUGAAUACAAUGACCUAUAAGUUGCAGAAGGUGAAAGUAGAUUAUGCACCGAAGAACAGGAGGGAAGCAAAAAGAGGGAUGGGGACUACUCAAAACCAGUUGGCGUUACCAGACAGGCGAGUUCUUCGACAAGAGCACAUUGCAUGGUGUCCGCUACAUAGCUGAGAAGGACCGACCAUUUUGUGAGCGGUUUAUUUGGUUCUGUCUAACCUCAGUUGGGACAAUGGUCACACUGAUCAUCAUUGUCUCCCUGUGGGAGAAGUUCCAGACCAAUCCCACCAUCACAGGGCUGGAUACAGACUUCCAUAAUUGGGAAGUGCCUUUCCCCACCGUCACACUCUGUCCACAAGACCCCACCAACGAAUCCUUAAUCAUAGAGUACAUUGAGAGCACUUGGGGUAAUGUUUCAGCAUUAGAAAACAGCGAACUGUACAUAGCCUUUGUAAAGACUUUAGCUCUUCUAAGUGUCUCGGACCUACAAAAUAUCCUGCAGUUCUCAGACAACUCUGCUCUAGUUUCCAAAUUGCCUUCAACGAACUUUGAGGACAUCCUGUAUAAGGUUAUGAGUGAUUGCUCUGAUGUGCUGUUUGAUUGUGAGUGGAAGGGAACACCUUACAACUGCUGCGAAGGAUUCAGUGCCAUUCUAACUGAGGUCGGGUUUUGCUUCACUUUCAAUUCUCGCCACUCCCACGGUGGCAGUGAUAACCUCAGGGUCACUGGUGAGGAAGGAGAAUUCAAGCCACACUUAAUCCACGAGACUGACUCUAAGUGGGCAAUGAUUGUCAACAUUCUCAAUGUGGAGCAGAACAAUGUCAGGGUGUACAUCCAUAGUGCAGACGAGGGACCCAGCCUGGAUUUGGCUCCCCAACAUGUGUGGAAGAGGACAAUUAACAAAAUUCAGUUCUCUGCUAAGCACACAUACACUACAGAUGAUGCACGUCAACUUAGCGUUCGUCAGCGCCACUGUGUGUUCCCACGUGAGGUGCAACUACUUUCCGAUACCAACUACACCUACAGCACCUGUAUGGUUGAGUGUAGGAUGAGGCGAGCCAAAGCUCUAUGUGGCUGUGUGCCCUUCUUCUAUCAGGAAUUUGAUACAUUUCCCCACUGUGACUUGAAGGGAUUGGCUUGUUUAGCUAAACUUAAUGCUGAACUAACCAAGGACUUGACAUGCUCCUGUGAACUCGGCUGCAUGAACACUGUGUAUGAAGUGGAUAAGCUCAAUGAUGUUGUACUUGAUAGUGACAAUUCCUUAGAAAUAGGAUUUGUAUCUUGGCCUAUGGUUAGAUACAAGAGGGAGGUGUUGUUUGGCUGGGUGGACCUUUUGGUAUCAUUUGGAGGCAUUGCAGGCCUAUUCUUGGGAUUCAGCCUUCUGAGUGGCGUAGAGAUUGUGUACUACUUCACGAUGCGCUCAUGCUGCAUGCUAUACCGCAACCGUGAACAGCUGAUACAGUUACAGAACGAAUACGAGACCCAGCCUCGACCUGAGAUCAACCUGGACCUUAAGCCCUACUUUAGAGAGAAUCCUGUUGUGGAACGAUCUCAACCUCGUGAGAUCUUCACUAUACCUUAUCUUAAUUAAAUUAAGGGCAAUAUUGUUUAUUUGUUAUUAUUGAUGAAGAAUAUAAUACUUGGUGUCGUGUUCCAUAUGACUACAUUCUGUCGAGUAAAACCACACUUGAAACUGAACUUACACUCUACACAAUUAGGUAAAAUGAAAUAGUAGGUUGAAAGCAGCAUAGCUCAACUGAUAGAUGUAUACUGAGAGUUAGAGUAAAAUUAUUUCUGAGCAGUUUUAUGGUGUAUUGCAUGAGUCUAUGGAAAGUCCAGUCAGAGAGAUUAUUGAGCUGGUGUGCACUGAGGUUAUUAUUUAGUAAAAUCUCUUGAAGGAACUGAUACUAACUUGUAACCAUAAUGGACUAUACCAAUGAAUACAAACCUUAUAAGAAGCACAAAGGCAAUGUUAAAAAGUCUGCCAACUUUUAUUUGAAUUUGGCAAGCUUAGCGCGUCCACCGCUAGGCAGCGUGAAGGGCGCUCGUGGCGUGGCCAGCUAGAGUGAGACAGAAGACAGAGUGGGAGUGAGGGAGAAGGCAGCGCGUGGCCAGUUAGAGAGAGAGAAAACAAGCUAGAGCGAGAGGGAAAGAGGGGGAAACAAGUGCUCCUAGCAGCGGACGCGCUAAGCUCGUUUUGGCAGGAAACCAACUUGGCAGACUAUUCUCCAUCAG